AUGGCGGCCCAGACGCACACCCUGCCCCCUCUCCCCUACGCCUACGAUGCCCUGGAGCCCGUGAUCUCCAAGCAGAUCAUGGAGCUGCAUCACUCCAAGCACCAUCAAACCUACGUCAACAAUCUGAAUGCCGCCCUCUCCGCGCAGGCGUCGGCCACCCAGACGAACGACGUGCCCACCCUGAUCUCCCUGCAGCAGAAGAUCAGGUUCAACGGCGGCGGCCACAUCAACCACUCCCUCUUCUGGAAGAACUUGACUCCUCCCGGAACUCCCGGUAACGACCUGGCCAGCGCUGCGCCCUCGCUGCGGGAUGCUAUUGUCUCCCGCUGGGGAUCGCACGAGGCCUUUGUGAAGGCGUUUGGCGCUGAACUGCUCGGCCUCCAGGGCAGUGGUUGGGGAUGGCUUGUGAGCAAGGGUGGACCGCAGGGUCGGCUUGAGAUCACGACGACCAAGGAUCAGGAUCCGGUUGCCGCGGCUGACGUGCCGGUCUUUGGGGUGGAUAUGUGGGAGCAUGCGUACUAUCUGCAGUAUCUCAACAACAAGGCUGGCUAUGUCGAGGGCAUCUGGAAGAUUAUCAACUGGGCCGAAGCUGAGAAGCGCUACACAGCCGGUGUGGAGAAUCCGCUGAAGCUGUAA